AUGACGCGAUUCAUGCUCAGCAACAAGUAUUUUAGGCCAAAUCACCAGAAAGGGUUUCUACCCGGGAUUUCUGGAUGCCUAGAACACAACACCUUGCUGUCGGAGAGUUUGAAAGAUGCUAGAAAAAGCGAGCGGCAAAUUACAGUUUGUUGGAUAGACUUAGAGAACGCGUUCGGGUCGAUACAACACGAGUUGAUGCUAUUCGCGCUUAGAUGGUACAACUUUCCACCCCUAGUUAGAGAUAUGAUCGCGUCGUAUUACUCAAAAUUAAAGUUUUCUAUAAUAACUAAAGAAGGCCCUUCAAAAAGUUUGAGUUAUAAUGUAGGACUGUUUCAAGGUUGUUGUCUAUCUCCAAUUACGUUUAAUAUCGUUAUUAACAUCUUAGUAGACAAAUUAAUCUGUAACGAGAAAAAAUGGGGUUAUCGGUUUAAGUUUAAUAAUAAAUACACGGAAUCCGUUUUAGCCUUCGCUGACGAUCUCGCAAUACUGACACGUCACCCCAAACACUGUCAAGUACUAUUGGAUGAAGUGGAUAAAUUCUGUGAGUGGACGGAUGGAUUGAGGACAAAACCAAGUAAAUGUCACUGUUUGUGUCUUGGUAGGCGGAAUACAAGAUACACCUCAUACGAUCCGGGACUAUCGAUAGGCGGUCAAUGCGUUUCUACGGUUACGGAAGAUGCACCAUUCAAGUUUCUCGGUCGUAAGAUUGAUAAUAUAGGUCGUACUCCAUCUUUAGAAGGAAUAGUAGAUAGCUUUUUAAAUGAUCUUAACAAGGUAGAUAGCCAGCAGAUCAGUAACGUAAAAAAAGCAUGGAUCUACGAUAAUUACUUAACUUCACGUUUGAAUUGGCCUUUCCUCGUCUAUGAUUUUAGUAAAACCCUUUUAUCUAAAUUAGAUGCAGGCGUCAUAAAGAUGUUGAAGUUGUGGCUCGGGCUCGCGCUAACGGCUGAUUCAUCGGCUUUAUUCAGGGAUCGUAAUAGUUUUGGGAUGAAUCUAAAAAGACCAUCGGAGCUCUACAAACACCUAAGAGUUUCCAAGAGACAUAUCCUGGGAAAAUCCCAUGAUGACGUCGUUACAUCACUCCCAAAAGACAAUGAUGCCCCAGAGCUAGAGUCACGACUUCAAUUCCAUAAACAAUUUAUGAUCGGAGCGCAAAAUAACAGAGUAGGGUUAGGAUCAAGUAGGAAAGUCCAAGAUACGGAUAUAUUGAAGUCUUUUAUUCGGCAAGACGAGAACGAUAAAUACAAAAUCCAUGCAAUGAGUUUAGAAAUGCAGAACGAGUGGUUAGACAUAGGAGAUUUUUGCAUUCCACUAGCACUAAAAUGGCGCACCCUAAUUCAUGACUGGUCGCCAGCCUUGCUAAAAUUUUAUCUCAAUGCGUUCCAGAUGACUCUCCCAGAUCAGAGUAAUUUAGCAGUUGGAACUGCCAAGCAUUUGCUGGUGGGAUGUAAGGUUCUCCUGGACUGCGGUCAAUACUCGCGUCGUCACGAUAGGGUUUUAGAGAUCAUACGUGAAGCGGUUAGUCUUUCGGUAGCCAGAGCGCAAAGGGAAAUAACCACAAACGAGCGAUCAAUAGGUUUUGUGAGAGAGGGCACCAGGGCUAUAAAAUCAAACGUCAAGCCUUACUCUAUCCUUAAAGCGGCUUCGGAUUGGACUAUCAUGAUGGAUACGUAUGAGAAACAAUACAAAAUCCCCGAGGAUAUUUGUGCGUCGGCCUCCAGACCAGACAUAUUUCUAUAUUCGCGUAUUUUAAAGCGCGUUGUGAUGAUAGAGCUUACGGUGCCUUGGGAAACCAACAUCCCCAAAGACCAUGCCAUCAAGGUCAAUAAGUAUUACGAGCUCACUAACGAACUAACUCGAAAUAGGUUCGUCGUUGAUUUGUACGCGGUAGAGGUGGGAGCGAGAGGUAUAACAGCUAAAUCUCUCUAUAACCUACUAAAAGACUUGGGCCUGUCCAGAACUAACAUUAAUUCAUUCUUAGAACGUACGUCGAAGGCAGCCCUAGUAGGUUCUUUUCAAAUUUGGUUAGGUAGGGAGAGGAACUUGGACAGUGGAGGUGAGCGUAUAACGCGCGGAGGGGUGGGAAUAAGGAAAUGUAAGGAAAAGGUAGGAAUAGGGAAAGGGCAACCGGCUCUCUCACUCAUCAGACGAAACGCAGCCAGUAAAGGCUACUUCACGCCGAUCUUCGGUACUUCCCCGGUCGAGCCAGCCCAUGUUCGAGCUGUAGUAACUCACCACAGCUAG